AUGAUGAAUGGCGUCUUACAUAACAACUCAAAUCAGGGAAAUUCCAUCUUUGCACGUUUGCCUGCCGAAUUGAUAUAUCGAAUCUUGUAUGAAUCUGCAUCAAGUUGUACGACAAAACAUGCUCGAAAUGUUUGUAUGGUAUCAAGAGGUGUUUAUAAUGAAUGUUGGCCAACGCUUUGGCGAAUUGUUGCUUUGCGAAAUGCAGUUCAUCUAAAAAUGUUUUCGGAAUUGAUCUAUAAAUCGCCUUCUAAUCACAACCUGGAACAACAACCCAACGUAGAACAAUUACGCCUUCGCAAACGUCAAGAUGCCAUUGAAUGUUUGUACCUCAACAACAACAAAGAUGCAAACGGAAUUCGAUCUCUCAAAACGGACGAAAAGCCAGAAAUGUGGAUGAUUAGUAUCUUAUUAGCAGCCAAAAAUCUCAACAUCUUACACGUUGAAGAAUAUUGGAGUAUGUCAUAUCCAUGGGAAGCACAAGAAGAUAAGCCGUUGAUUGCAUACCCAAUAUUCUUAUUAUCUAGGUUCUUCACUGCUGUUCAUGCCGCUUUUGCUUCCUCUCCCAAGUCCCAAUGGGUACACAAAAUGUUUGGCGAACAAGAGAGAGGAGGUGAUGGCGAUGAUCGUAGUAGGGUGGAUAGUAUCCAAAAUAGCGCUGCUCAUAUGGAUAUUUAUGAAGCGAUCCUAGACUUACAACGAACUGAAAGUCUUCGUCGUUCAACGUCACGUCUUGUCGCUCAAUUACACGAAAUUACACUUUCCGCUUUGGCCAUGUCACCAAAUCAUUUGACAAGAUUGGCUUCGGCUUCCAGCGGAGGAGAGAAUCGGCUCCCUAACAACGAUGAAGCGUUUGACAAACUUACCCAUCUUCAUCUUUAUUUUGCCAAAUUGGACAAUCGAAUGAUCGAGGCUUUACUCAAUUUACCCGCUUUGACCCAUUUACGUUUAACCAGACCAUUCUCUGAAUUGCUGUAUGAUGGUACAAGGACGUUGUUGGGGUACGGCAGCGAGCCAACAAUUGGUUCCACAUCAAGCAGGCCACGAUUACAGAAGCUAAUUAUUGAAGCGGGUAUUUAUAUGGAUAGGGUAACGGUAGAAAGGAUGUCUAAACUUGAAUCAAGUUACUUGGGUCAAAAUCGACUCAAGUUCAUUUGUGGAAACGACUUCCCUUCAGGACCUUAUCGUGCUCCUGAAACGGAAACUGUCGUCGAUCAACGUGCAGACGGAAGUAGUACGGCACAUGUGAUCAAUUACGUCACCACAAGCGAAGAACGUGGCUUUCAGGAUUUCGUUCGUCGUGCACACGGACGAGAAGGGGUUUGGUCGACGUAG